GUUCGGACGAUUCAGUUUUUCAACAGCUUAUCAGUUAAUAUUAUUUUGCUGUGAAUAAGAAAGCGUUAAGAGUGAAAUUAUAUUUCUUCCUGUUGAUAUUCUCAAGCUGUAGAUAUCUGAAACGGAAAUAAACAAUAUUGAUAGAAAAAAUGCUGAUUUUUGGCAAAACUACUGUUUUACUUUCGUUUUGAAACCGAAAGUAGCCUUACAGAACUAGGCGCUCUCAGUUAUGGCAACUGAAGGCAAUGAAAGAUAUCUCCGCUACUAUCUACUCAUUGGAAAAGGAGGACUAUUAAUAUUGAGAGGAAUACUAGAAAGGGAGACAAACAAUACGGGCAGAACACUUGACAUUUUGUUAAAGGAGAAUGAACCCCUCUUUAAACGCAGACUGCCGCGGUCAGGUUAUAUGAAGCUCUAUCCGAGAGAUGGAAUCCUAGAUGUAUGCACUUGGGACAUAACACUUUCAACGACGGUUAUUCUACAGCUUUUUCGGACAAGUCUCACCAUAGAAGAAAGUAAUGCAAUUACAAAUCUUAGAGACUUGAGAAACGAGGUGGUACAUGAUUCAUCAACUUCCAUGGAUAAAAUGGCUUACGAAAAGUGUACAAAAGAACUGGAAGCCAUACUGUUAAAGCUGUGUGAAGGACUGAAUCGCUCAAUCCGUGAUGAAUGCCAUUAUGUCAUUAAAGAGUGUUCAACUGGCCCAAUAGAAAAAAGGAAAGAAAACAGCGGAGAUGAAGAAAUUGUUAAUGCAGAUCUCGGUUCAGAAAAACUUGAAUUUGCACCAGAGAAGUUACCAGCAGUGCUGGCAAGAAUAGCAACUGAAAAGGAUCUUCAACGUGUUGCUAUGUCAGUUGGAUCUAACUGGGAAAUGCUGGGGCCAUACCUUUUAAAGCAAAAUGCCAUGGCUAAAGUAGAACAGAUAAAAGCAGAUCAUCCACAUAAAACUGAAAUGCGUAUAUAUAACCUGCUUCUAACAUGGAGGGAACAUGCUGCACCAGAUACAACACUUUGUCAUUUAUUCCAUCAGAUGCUUCAAGUUGGUACCUCUGUGGCUGUAGAAUGGCGGACUAUAGCAAAAUACCUAGAUAUUGAUGAAAGAGACAUAAGAGCAUGUAAAAAGGGUUAUCAACCACCUGUACAGGAGCGCUCUACCAAUCCAUCAGUCCCGGGUAAAAAGGGUUAUCAACCACCUGUACAGGAGCGCUCUACCAAUCCAUCAAUCCCGGGAAUAUCUAGGGAUAUUGAGAUCAGAGUCCGAGACUUACGUGAGGAAAUAGUUAGGUGUAUUAAAGAACCUACCAUAGUGUCACAUCUCGAGGCACGGUCAGUCAUAUCUACAGAGGACAGUUCCAGAAUAAAGAACCUGUACUUGAGGGACGAAACAUACAAGGCAGGAGAAGAUCUUCUAGAAUGUGUCCUCAGUUCAAGGGAGCCUGGGAAAUGGAAGUCAUUUCUAGAUGCGCUGGAGAGUGCAGAUUAUCAUCAUCUGAAGGCAUUGCUGUUGUCCAAUAACAAUUUUGAUGAAUUUUCUGCUCAUGUCAAAACAGUUAUGCGUUUGUUUACACCGUAUCUUGAAAAGAUAGUUAUUGCAAAAGAGUUCGUGUCAGAGCUGAGAGCGAGAGAUGUUAUCAAUGGAGCUGAUGAAGAAGUUAUUCUGGCUAUGUUUGCAAAUAAAGGCGAUAUAUAUUCAACUAUGGUUCUGCUUGAAAGAAUGCAAUGUCGAGUUGCACCUCAGAAAUGGUAUUACGACUUCCUUGAUGUCCUUAUGAAGAAAGGUCAUCAACAAAUAGUACAGGAGAUGGAGCCAGACUUUAUAGCAAACCCAUCGUCGUUUAUGCCACAGUCAGAUUUUGUACAGCAAUACAUGGACACAGCUGAUCAAAGUGCGCCCCCACCAAUACCACCACUGAGGCAGGAUUUGUUAAUUUAUUCACGAAACAGUAAACAAGGAGAAAACAAUACACUUUAUCAGACAAGGAUAGAAGAGAUCAUGAAUGAGGGCAACGAUGACGAGGAGGUUUCCACUCCAUAUAAGUCCGAUUAUGAAGAAGUAGAAGCUCAGAUUGAAGCUAUUUCUGCACACGCACCGUUAAAAUUGCGAAAAUACCAGUUAGAACUAGCAGAAAAUGCUAUACUAGGGAGAAAUACUAUCAUCUGUGCAGAGACUGGAUCUGGUAAACCUUUGGUUGCCUUGCAUAUUAUACAGAAACAUCUGCAACAAACUGGAAAGGGUCCAAGGAAAGUUGUGUUCAUGGCAAAUACAGGUGUUCUCACUAAACAACAGUCUGACAUGUUUCAAGCUUAUCUUCCAGCGUUUAAGACAAAACUGAUCACAGAAGAUGAUGAUGGCUCAAGAAUGGUGAACGUGUUUGUAGAAAAUUAUGACAUUCUUUGUUUAACACCACAAAUCCUAGUAAAUAAUCUGGAAGACAAGGUUAUAAAAAGCUUGUCAGAAUUUUCUCUAUUUAUUCUUGAUGAAUGCCACCGCACGAUAGUCGAGGGGCCUUACAGUUUACUGAUGAGAAAGUAUAUGGUUGAAAAAAACCAGACAGGAAAUGAAAUGCCACAGGUGGUCGGAUUGACAGCAUCAAUAGGUGUAGACAAAUCUAGAACGGACCAGGAAGCAGUUGAAUAUAUUCUAAGAGUGUGCGCAUGUUUAGAUGUAAGACUUCUAUCAACCGUAGAGAGGAAUUUGACGGAGCUGAAGAAACAUAUUAAUAUGCCUGAUGAAGGUUUAAAAUUUUUGUUUUUACUCUAA